UGUCCUUUAAAGUUCUCUUUCACUUUUCAGUAUUUAAAUCUCCACGGCUUUGCCUCUGUCACUUCGUCUUCAUCUGCUCCACCAAAACGAUAAGCUCUCCAGCCAUGACGACGGUUCGUUGUGCUUCGGUGGCCUUUCUUUUCUCCCUCCUACACUCUGUUCUUCUAGCAAGAUCGGAGUCGUUCCUUGGUAUAAACUAUGGCCAAGUCGCCGAUAACCUCCCCCCUCCGUCAGCAACCGCAAAGCUUCUACAAUCUACUUCCAUUGAAAAAGUCAGGCUGUACGGAGCCGACCCAGCUAUCAUCAAAGCCCUUGCCAAUACCGGCAUCGGAAUCGUCAUCGGAACAGCGAACGGCGAUGUCCCGGCACUAGCUUCCGAUCCCAACUUCGCCAGGAAUUGGAUCAAUUCCAAUGUCCUUCCCUACUAUCCCUCUAGCAAAAUCAUCCUCAUCACUGUCGGAAACGAAGUCAUGACCUCCGGCGACCAGAAUCUGAUGACGCAGCUCUUGCCGGCGAUGCAGAAUCUCCAAAAUGCCCUCAACGGCGCAUCACUUGGCGGCAAGAUUAAGGUAUCCACCGUCCACUCCAUGGCAGUGCUGAAGCAAUCUGAACCGCCUUCUUCUGGAAGUUUCGAUCCGAGCUUCGGGGACCUGAUGAAAGGACUGUUAGGGUUUAACAAAGCCACUGGUUCGCCAUUCGCGAUCAAUCCGUACCCUUACUUCGCAUACCGGAGCGACCACAGACCUGAAACGCUGGCUUUUUGUCUUUUUCAACCCAACUCCGGACGAUUGGACUCUGGGACUAAUAUCAAGUACAUGAAUAUGUUCGAUGCCCAGGUGGACGCUGUUCGAGCUGCAUUGAACUCGAUGGGCUUCAAGGAAAUUGAGAUAGUGGUUGCGGAGACGGGCUGGCCCUACAAAGGAGACAGCAACGAGGUAGGCCCAAGUAUUGAAAAUGCCAAGGCUUACAAUGGGAACCUGAUCUCGCACCUGAGGUCACGUGGAACGCCCUUGAUGCCUGGGAAAUCAGUGGACACAUAUCUGUUUGCACUCUACGACGAGGACCUGAAACCUGGGCCGGGCUCAGAGCGCGCAUUUGGGCUUUUUAAGACUGAUCUCACCAUGACCUAUGAUGUUGGCCUCUCCAAGGGCGCCCAGAACACUACUCCGGCACCGGCAACCCCCAAAACUCCGGCCACUCCAUCUCCAUCUCCAUCGACGAACGGAACGUGGUGUGUGCCCAAAUCAGUUGUAUCAAAUGCCCAACUCCAGGCUAAUCUGGACUACGCCUGCGGACAAGGGAUAGAUUGCCGUCCAGUCCAACCAGGUGGGGCUUGUUUUGAACCCAACACCGUAGCAUCACAUGCUGCUUAUGCAAUGAACCUCUUCUACCAAAAUUCUGCUCGCAAUCCAUGGAACUGUGAUUUCUCACAAACAGCCACACUCACAUCUAAAAAUCCCAGCUAUAAGGGUUGCAUUUACCCUGGUGGGCGUACCUGAAGAGUAGAGAUGUUGCAUUUGGUAAGAAUAAAUGAGUGAUGGAGGUGGGUUGCGUUCGGCUUAAUGGAGGAGUGGAAUCUCUACUCUUCGUUUUCCCCGCUUCCUUCUUUUUCUUUUUUUCAUUCUCCUUCUUCUUCUGUGUCUUUCAAGUGUAAAGAAAUGAGGGUGCUCCAGGGUUUGUCAUGCUUGUGAACUGGGAAACAUAAAUUACAUAACAAAGAUUCACUUGCAAGA